CCUGUCGCAGGCUAAGAACACAGCAAGACGAUGCCAUUAGAAGCUAAACACAGGAGGUGAAUUUCUUCGGAGCAGCUGCGACCCUUGCCCCUUGAUGAAAUGUAUUGCCACUUGGACAAAUACGUUUGGAAGACAUCACGAGAGAGAGAGAGAUAGAGAGAGCGCGCGAGCCUAUGAGCUAAACGCGACACACCCAGAGGAACAGGUCGUGAUAAUAAAUGAGAAAGAGAGGAAAAAAAGCUAAAAACCGGUCGAGCAAAAGCGAAGAUCCACGAGAUUAUAGCCACAAGACAACAACAAAAAAUCCUCACCCGAACUCUAUUUAUUUCAUUUUGUCGCGACGCGCAGCAUCAUUCCGAACGGUGCGAUCGAAACGGAUCGGUCGCAGUGUGACAACGGAGCGGAUUCAGGGUUCAGGAUUCGACCUCCAAAGAACCACACCGCGUGUACUAUCAGUAUAAGAGAAUAUACCCCCCACAGUGUGAGAUCAGAGUGUUGUGUGCGUUUGGUUCCUUAAAAAGUAGCCAGAAAAUGGCAAAAGUGGCCCGUGUGGCUCUGCUCCUUCUGGCCGGCCUAGUGGCAUUGGCCAGCGGGCAGGUGGACGAGGUGCUCAAAUGGCAGAGGGUUGAGUACGACGUGCCGGCGGAAGUGUUGCAGCGGGAAAACGGCUACAUACCGAUCGGCAACAUCCCGAUGGGUGCGGUCCACCAUAAGAACCGUGUGUUUGUGGCCGUGGCGCGCCGUCGCUGGGGCAUCCCGUCCACGCUAAAUGUGGUCGACCUUUCGCCACCCUUCCCCAACACGAACGUUAUCCUGAAGCCCUAUCCUAACUUUGCGCUUAACGAGCUGCGGGCGGAUCUGCAACCGGACGCUAACCGCAUCGUUACGGUUUACCGGCCACGUGUCGAUCGCUGCGAUCGGCUGUGGUUUGUCGACACGGGCAUGAUGGAAAUCCCCGGCAACUUCACCGUCGUCCAACGGCCCUCGGUCUGGUCCAUCGAUCUGAACACGAACGAGCCCAUCCAUCGCUUCGAAAUUCCCAAGGAAGCGGUCGAAACGGGCUACGGCCUCACGUCGAUCACGCUCGACGUCGACCCGUCCGACUGUGAGAAGGUGUUCGUCUACAUCUCCGACCUGCAGACGUACCGCAUGGUCGUGUACGAUUAUGCGAACCGCCGCGCCUGGCGCUUCCUGCACAACUACUUCUUCCUGAACCCGCUCGAGGGUGACUAUCUGAUCCAGGGCAUCAACUUUGCCUGGGACGACGGAAUCUUCUCGAUCGCGCUGGGCAAUCCGGACCCGGUCACCAAGUUCCGCACCGCCUACUUCCACGCACUGUCCAGCAACUCGGAGUUUACCGUGUCGACGCGCGUCCUGCGCAACGAAACCGCUUCCCAGCGAUCCUGGCACGGUACCGACUUCCAGCUGCUCGGCUACCGGGGCAGCAAGUCCCAGUCAAGCAUACACGCGUUCGAUCCGGAAACGGGCGUCAUCUUCUUCGCACUGAUCCAGCAGAAUGCGAUCCUCUGCUGGGACUCGAACAAACCGUUCGCCCCACAAAACAUGGCGAUCGUGUACAAGAACGAUCGGGACAUUGUCUACCCGAACGAUCUGUCGAUCGACCAGAAUGGUUACGUGUGGUUCAUGACCAACUCGAUUAUCAAGCUGCUGUACACGCAGCUCAACCUGGACGAGUUUAACUUCUUCGUGUGGCGCGCCAACAUCAAGCAGAUCAUCAAGGGUACCGUUUGCGAUCCGGCCUCACCGCCGAAUGUUAACUCGGCCCAGCGAUUCGGAGACGAGAACAACAACGAUCGUGUGACGUUCUUCGAGUUCAAGGAUAAGUACGGACCCGGCGGUGGCCCGUACGGUGGCUGGGGGCACGGCAACGGCCCAAACCGCCCCGGUCGUCGACCGUAAAACGGCCGUACGCUCGACAGUGACACACCGGCAGGAGGAUGUGGUGCUGGUCACACACUACGAAUAAGAGAUCAAAUCAAUAAAAACCGCGUCAAUGUUUUGUUUAACCGCAACUAUUCGCAGCUACAAAAAAAACCACCCCAUGUGCCCGUUUUCAAUCGUGUGUAAGGUGCGCUUGGGAGUGGAGGGGAUGGUGUAAAUUAGAGAUGCGCGUGGUGUUCCGAACCUGCCAGGUGCCGGGUCGGUUCCAGCGUGCAAGCAAUGCGGACCGCGUUUCUUCAGCUCAAUGCAAGUAGGUUUGUUGCCUGAUGCUUUCAGCGUUCUUUGCGAUCCUAUCAGAACCGGUUGCUCUAUUAGUGCUCUUUUCGAUUUGGUCUGAGGCGCUGGAUGCUUUACUCUAUUUCACUCGAUGGGCCAGUUUGUUGUACACAAAGCAUCAAGGAUCAACCUGAACCGACUUCGUUCUUUUCGAUUCGGUAUGAAACGCCAGGCAUUCCCUUCUUUUUUGCUUCUUUCUAGUUUGGAUUCAUAUACACGUUUUAUACAUAUACGUAAAGUUCUCUUUAUUGACGUGAAUUCUCUUGAUGUUGUACAUCGACUGACUUUGCUUCCCAAAUUCCCCUCUCUAUAUAAUACCAUGCUUUCAGGGCUGUAGAACCCAUUUUUCAAUUCACAUAUAUAGGCUUGUUUGAUAGAGGAGAUGCUUUCUAUCACAUACAAGAGCCAUGAGGGCAGAAAACGACUACAAUAUUGGAUGGAAUGAGAAGUUAAUUGCCUAAAUUUAAGAAUUAAAAGUGUUUAACAAAAUGAAUGAAAUACUGCUUUAUGCAAACAGCUAGCACGCAGCUACGCAUAUAUGUCUUGUGUAUAUUAUCGACAUGCAUCCUAUUAAUUUGGGUGCCUUUUUUCUGGCAGGAUCCUGGCAAUGGAUGAAAUGCUCUGUGUUGGACCUGUAUGUUCAAUUAAACAAUCGGACUUAUGCCUGUGGUCUUCAGUGCUGUGUGGUGCAUGGCGUGCUUAGACAUCCGCAAUAUUUCUUAGACCAUGCUUUAUCCUCUUGCGCUAUUCUUAUGGACAAAAUAUAUCGAAUUUUAAAUUACA